AUGGCACGCAUUUCCACGCGAGAACUCUUUCUCUUUCGCUUUCGCUCCGUUCUCGCAGAACCCACAAGGCCAAAUCUUUAUAUCUCAUCCGCACACUACUGCUCUUCUUCUUCUUCUCUUAAACCCUGUUUGCUUAACCCCCGUAUCUUGUCGGUUCUGGAUUCAUGUCAGACCCUGGCCCAGAUCACCCAAAUGCACACCCAAUUGAUCACUUGGGGUCUUUUCGAUUCGUUCUGGGCAAGAAAGCUACUCAAGAGCUAUUGGGAUUAUGGCGAUAUAAAUUUUACGAUUCUGACCUUCAGGUACAUUGAAAAGCCUGGUGCUUUCUGCGUCAACACGGUGAUUAAGGCUCAUUCGGAUAGCUCAGAGCCGGGUCGGGCUUUGGUGGUCUAUUUCGAAUGGCUGAGAAGAGGGUUUGCUCCCACCAGCUAUAGUUUCGUGCCGCUUUUCGGGGCUUGUAGUAAGUUGGGUGAUGUUGAGUGUGGGAGGAAAUGCCAUGGGCAGGUUUUGAAGCAUGGGGUUGAGUCUGUGCUGCCUGUGGGGAACUCUUUGAUUCAUAUGUAUUGUUGUUGUGGCAGAGUUGAGCUUGCUAGGAAGGUGUUUGAUGAAAUGCCUAAGAGAGACGUGGUGUCGUGGAAUGCGAUUGUGGAUGGGUAUGCUAGGUUUGGGGAUUUGAAUGUCGCUCAUAUGGUGUUUGAUGCAAUGCCUGAGAGAAAUGUGGUUGCUUGGAAUGCUAUGCUUGGUGGGUAUUGGAAGGGAGGGAAGCCGGGGUGUGCGUUGAAGUUGUUUAGGGAUAUGGUGCGGAUGGGAAUGAAGGCUGAUAGUACUGCAAUGGUGAAUAUGCUCGCGGCUUGUGGUCGGUCAGGUAGACUGAAAGAAGGAAGAUCAGUUCAUGGAUAUCUAAUUAGGGCAUUCACUGAGUUGAACGUAAUUGUUGAAACGGCUUUGAUCGAUAUGUAUUGUAAAUGCAAAAGGGUGGAAGUGGCGCGUGUAGUGUUUGAGAGCAUGGCAUAUAGGAACUUGGUUUGCUGGAAUGCUAUGAUUUUGGGGCAUUGUUUUGAGGGAAAUCCUGAAGAUGGACUUAGCCUGUUUAGUGAAAUGUUAGGUAGAACGGAGUCAAACGAUGGAGAAACCAUCCCUGAUAGGUUGUCGAGGCCAACCGAAGGCAGAAGGGGAAUUCUUCCGGAUGAAACUACUUUCAUAGGUGUUCUUUGUGCCUGUGCGCGUGCUGGAUUGUUAAGAAAAGCCAGAGAUUACUUCAGGCAAAUGAUUAAUGUUUUUCAUUUAAAGCCCCAGUUUGCACAUUAUUGGUGCAUGGCUAAUGUUUAUGUUGGUGUGGGGCUAAUACAAGAGGCAGAGGAAAUGAUCAGGAAAAUGCCAGAGGUUGCUGAAGAUUUGACAAAAGAAUCCUUGGCAUGGGCUAAUGUGCUUGGUUCAUGUCGUUUCCAAAAAGAUGUUACUGUGGGAGAACAAAUUGCAAUAUCUCUGAUUGACAUGGAACCUCAAAACAUUGCAUAUUACAGAUUGUUGCUGAAUGUCUAUGCUGCUGCAGGCCAAUGGGAGGAUGUUGCUUGGGUGAAAGAAAUGAUGAAAGAAAACAAGGUCAGAAGGCUACCUGGCUGCAAUCUUGUAGACCUGAACGAAAUAGUCCAUAAGAGUUGGUAAAUGUUGGCAAGAGGGUACUUACUAUAUUAUGAUGAGUCGAGUGCACUCAGAGGUUGAGUUUGUUUAGGACUGACUUUCAACAGCAGUGACUGGCUCGAGAGAUACUGACAGUUAGUAUAAUGGACAUUCCACAAAAGGCAAAAGAAGAUACGGGAUGAUCCGAACAUGUAAGGAAUAUAGAUGGUGGUUCUUGGCACCCUGACUUUACAGGACAUUUCACAAUGGCAAAAGAAGAUGAGAUGUUCCAUACUGUGCAAGGGCUCUUAUAGCUUUUCCUAAAGCGGGAUUGAUCAUGCAAAGAAUUGUUUUGCAUGUUAAGAUAUCAACUGAUUUUUUGCCUCAGUAAUAAAAGUGUUUCUUCAUUAGAAGCUUUGGCGAUUCGGCGUUUGUGGUUUGGCAACUUUCAAAAUGAACGAGCAGCGUCUCUUUGCAAUAUAAGCUUUGCCUUCUUAAGGUUUUAGCAGUUCCUCAUAUGGGGUUUUCAGGACUCUGG